CCGCCCGGUUCCUUCGACCAACCAUGAGCACACUCGGGCCUCCUUGAUCAAUUGCCGAUCUUGUCUUAGGUCCGUGGCGCUCAAAGACCCUUCGGACAGCGAACAAGGUCCCCGUGAUGAACUCAAGAGGACAUAGCAUUGCAAGGGUGGAAGUCCCGCCAUCCGCAGUAAACCCUACUAUCCAUGGACGAUGGGGCCAAAUGCUCAAAUACCCAAGGCCAUUCCUCAACCUGCCCAAAACUUCCCUACAGUCUCCCGUUAGUUCCCCUUGAUUAAGCAUAUUCGUCCUUUGAUCCUCCAUAACGCACUAUUCUUCACUCCAACAACGAUGGCUACGGAGGAACAACAGUCAGGUCAAUUCCCCCCCGUUCGGCGCGUCGUGACUGGCCAUUCCCCCACUGGGCAGGCAAUUAUUGAAUCCGAUGAAAAGCUCAUCCCAUAUGACCCCUUUUCGGAGAACGCAUCCCCAGCUACUGCUGAAUCGAUGUUCGGCUUCACUACGAUCUGGUCGCUGAACCUCUCGCCUUUCCCUGUCACUGCCAACGAAUCUUGGUCUGAAUUUAAUGGCAAGCCCGUCGGAAUCUCCAACCCCCAAGGCCUAAUUGCUCGAAUCGUCGACUUCCCCCCCGGCCGACCUGGUAUGAUGCACCGUACGAUGACGGUGGAUUUUGGGAUUGUUUUAAACGGGGAGAUUGAGCUAGAGCUGGAUGAUGGUGUGAAGACUUGGGUUAAAAAGCAUGAUCUAGUGGUCCAGAGGGGUACGAUCCAUGCCUGGAAUAAUCCAGGCCCAGACACUGUGCGAAUGAUGUUUCUUUUGGUAUCCGCAAACAAAUUGAAGUACGGCGAUAAUGAGUUGGAGCCGACGCCAGUGCCAUCAGCUUUUGAUGGAUCGUCUCUCAAAAAAUGAGCGUCUUCCCGUUAACGUCCGAAGUGAAGGUCCGGAACGAAGUGAUUCCGGAGCAAAUAACUCUCUGUCCCGCCUUUAAUUAGAGUGACCAACCUCGAGUAUCUUGUCUAUGUUGCUUCCAGACUUGGAGAAAAGCUCAAUACAACGAGUACUAGCUGACUACAUUAUACUUCUUGUCUGUCCAGCCAUUCUCAACUUAAUAAUCAUGUAAUUAUUCCGUACACGUCCUGCAAAGCGGCAAUUCGGGUCAACGGAUUUAUGCCAAAAGGGCUAAGUUCGAAAUGUUGUCGAUACUAGAAAUACUCUUUAACCGCGUCUAGAUCAUCA